AUGGCUUCUCGCGGGGACCAGCAUCAGCAGCGGCAGCAGCCGCAGCGGUCACAGCAAGCCCCUUUUCCGCCGUCGCAGGAGCAACAACAAAAGGGACGAGGAAAGCCACGAAGCUACAGCAUCCAAUCUCACAAGACCCAUCGCAGCAGCGGGAGCAAGCACGAAUUUCACGAGACCCACGAGGAAAAGGAAGCUAAGCGAUUACACAGCAAGGCCGAUCCCACCUUGGCCAUGAACGAAGCUGAGCCAUCCAUGGUUGCGGCCAUGAAGUCAGAGAGGACCCAAGUCUCUCUUCGCUCCAUGCGGCACAAGGAUGCCUGGGGAAACCCCAUUGCGGACCCGGACAAGUCAAACCCAACCAGAAAUCGAUGGGAGCGACCGCUGGACACCAUCCGUAGCUUCGAGGCUGCAAUCGACGGUGGCUACCAGCACACGGAUUCAGUAGCAAACUGGAAUAGACGAAGUAGUGUUCAACCUGCGAGCCAGCCACGAUUCCCCCAAGACAGUUUUUACAACAGCCGACCUGUCUCGUACAGGCAGGGAGAUGGCCAGUAUGGAGUACACACACCGGGGACAGCAAGAAACAGCGUCUACGACAACCCAAAUGCGGGCGGCGGCUUCAGCGGUAGUGGUUAUGAAAGAGGAUAUGGGGUUAGCAGGCACGCCUCUCGAGAUCGCAGCCAGAGGAUGCAAUCUGAGGCGCACUUUCAGAUGUACGGGCGCGAGCAGGGUGUUUAUCCUAUGCCUCACAAGGACAGGUCAUACGAGACUGUAACAUCCGCUGCACCUAGUGGCAACUCAGACCCUGCCGGCUAUCAGACGGACCCUACGUCCAGCGACAACAGCUCCAUCGACAGGAUAUCACCAGCGAAGCGCUCCGAGCCCGUCAACGAUUAUGGUAUUGGAUUCAGCCAGACACAGGCGUAUGACGUCCAGAACCCCUCUGUCGGCAAGCAGGCUAAGCACCAUGUUCUGCCGCUACCGCCGCCUUCCCGAACGCAGCCCCAGGCGGCGCCUCCUCCCCAAGCCGUGGCUCGCAAACCAUCUCUUUUGCGACGACAAACAUCACCUGAAGAAGACGGAAAUACGGACAACCGGAAGAGCUGGUUCAGUCGUCACUUUAGCAAAAAAGGCUAG